AUGGAUCAUCUGGAUUCUCCUCCGCACAUCCACGGCUGGCAUCGAAACAACCAUCGAUCUCGUGAUCGACGUAGGACUCGCAGAGAAUUGCGCGCUUGUCCAGCAGUCACACGCCGACACCUGGACCACUUUGUUGCGUUAUACGAGGACACUGUCUGGGUGAACGGGGCCGAGAUCGAGCAGGGAAUUGCAUCUGACACUGGCACGGAUGAGCAUUCUACACACGACGAGCAACCAACUGGUCAAGUCAAGUUGUGGACAACGGAGAGGCGUGAAGCUACCAGUCAAGAGAAAGCGAUUAUGGAUGCAGUUGCUUCCACUUCAACUUCCACCGGGGCUAGUACGACGACCCAAACCAAGCCUGUUAUUUCAUCCGACUCCGACACAAGCGGCCAUCUCACACGAGACCAGCGCCUGACCGCUCACGACGAGAUCAUGGCCAUCAUGAUGAAGAGACUUGAUAUCAAGACUCAUGAGCCUGGAACCACGCAUAGCCCUCCAUCUACCAGCACGGAUACCACUCCUCCUACCAACACGGUCACCACCCCCCCUACUUCAACUUCUGCCGGUGCUGGUACUACGACCCAGCCCGAGCCCGAGGCGACAGGAGAGCUUGCGCAGACAGAGUACAAUCCAAACUGCUUUCUGUAUUAG